AUGAGUCUUCUAUCUUGGAACUGUCGUGCGCUUGGGAACCCAAAGACAGUUCAAGUCUUAGUGGACAUGGUCCAUGCUAAGAGGCCCAACAUUUUAUUUCUUGCUGAAACUUUUGCAGGUACGAACAAGUUGCAUUCGGUCAGAACCAAAAUGGGUUAUUCAGGUCUAUUUUGCGUUAAUAACGACGGUCACAGUGGCAGUUUAGCUCUUCUCUGGAAAGAUGGAACCUCUGUUUCCAUUCAAUCAUAUUCCAAGCAUCAUAUUGAUGCUAUUAUCUGUCUCUCCCCCGAUGAUUCAGAAUGGCGUUUCACUGGCUAUUAUGGCGUCCCUAAGAGACACCGCCGUCAAGAAUCUUGGUCCCUACUCAGACAGCUCUCCAGCAGGUGCUCUCUCCCAUGGGUGGUAAUGGGUGACUUUAACGAUAUCAUGCAUCUAAAUGAAAAACGAGGUGGUAAUCCUCAACCCGUGCGUCUAAUUCGAGGAUUCUGUGAGGCUGUGGAAGAAAGUGGAUUAAAAGAUUUUGCAUUUGAAGGCUAUCAAUAUACCUGGGAACGGUGCAAGGGUUCCCCAAAUUGGGUUGAAGCAAAACUGGAUAGGAUACUCAUAUCUGAUUCUUGGGGUGAUCUCUUCUCAAAUGCACGUGCGUCUUCAAUUACAACCCCAAAGAGUGAUCACAUGUCGCUCCAUCUUCAGAUUCUGCCCCCUCCAAUGCCAAGCCCGAGAAUCCGCCACCGUUUUGAGAACCUCUGGUUGCGGGAUGCUCACUGUUGGGAGAUAAUGAUUGAAUCAUGGUCAAAAUCUCAUGGACAGAAUAGGCCGCUGUGGAAAAGCAAUUUGGAUUUGGGGUAA